AUGGCUAAGAAAAGGGUCGCGAAGGGUGCUAAAAGUGCCAAAGUGCAUCAAGAUGAGACUCAGACGAUUGACCCAUUUUUUGGGCAAAGUAGAGCAUUUGCAUUGGAAGGCUGCCUUGUUAAUCCAAAGGUCAGAAGCUACUUAAAUUUGGUGAGAAAUCAAGCUUUGAGUACGCUAGGCGUAGACCCAAGCACAACACGAAAAGAACAAAGCAAGUAUAAAAAGAGCAGUCUAUAUGAUGAGGAACCGGUCAUAAAUCAGAACUUGGCUCAAUUUGACAAAAAUUGUCAGCGCUGGCUAGACUGGUUUCGGGAAUUGAAGUUACAGUCAAGAGAGAAUGAGUAUGGAACUCAAGAAUACAGCUCACAGAUGUUAGAUCUGCUUAUGUUUUACUUCAAAUCGUUCUUGCAAACUCGGAAGACAGAGGGAGACAGCGGAUUCGAAGGGGAUUCAAAUCUGAAUAGAAUUUUGAUUCUUUUACAAAACCACGAAGUGAAGUUAGAUGCUCAAGAUCCGGCACUUGAAAUUGACAAGAACUGGGCUCUUAAUUUGGCAGAUCAAUUAAAGGCAAAGAGAGCGUCAAACAUAGAAAGCCUAGACGACCUGCGACAGUUUAUAAGUAUUCCUGCUCCACUGCCUCAGAACUUUAAUGCUUGGCACUAUUUUAUUACGAGGACGGAGCCCACACAAAACUUAAUGUUGAGGAUGUCUGCUGACCAAAUCUUCCGAUUAGCAAGUUACUUGAUUCAAUGGUUGGGAGAUAUUCCAAAGGGCAAACACGCUGAAAAAUUAUCUCAAUGGACACUAUAUGUUCUCCUUAACCUGGAAAACCAUCUUCCUGCCCAGGAAGUAAGCGUACUGCGAGAUUUGGGCAAGAAAGCUCGACAAUUGAAGCUUAAAGGUAUCGAAACUACACCUAAAGAGGAGCCUUUUUAUCUGCAAGUACCGAGUGAUUUUAGCUCUCCUCAAACCAGAAUUGAACCUCUUUCGGCGAUUGAUCUAACAAUUGUUGUGGUAGCAGUAGAAUAUGGUCAAAGGGACCUUGUAGACUGGACUGACGCUGAAAACGUUAGAGAUCACAAAUGA